AUGGAUGCGGAUUUGGAGAAGAGGUGGCAACGAUUGUCGCUAAUGACAGAAGAAAGUGAAGCGGUGGUGGUGGCAAGGGAUUCGGGAACCACUAAGGAAUCAGAUACUAGAUUUAGUCUCUUUGGAAGGCUCUUGUCUUCUAGAUCCUUCAACCAAGAGGCUUUCUUUGUUACAAUGAAGAACAUCUGGAAACCAAUAAGGGGGAUGGAGAUCUCGACAGUUGGAGAAAACCUAUAUUUGCUUCACUUCUUUUCCAAAGAGGAUUACAAUAAAGUUCUGGAUGGCUCCCCUUGGACAUUCGAUAAACACCCUUUGCUAUUAAAGGAAUAUAAUGGGAAUUUACGCCCAUGCGAUGUGGUUUUUGAAGAGAUGCCGCUAUGGGUUAGAUUUUGCAAUCUACCAUUCAAAAUGAUGAACGAGAAGGUCGGAUUGCAGUUGGGUGCAGCAGUAGGUAGAAUAGAGAAGGUGGAUCUUGAUCGUAAUGGUUGUGGAUGGGGCAAGUACCUUCGGGUCAGAAUCCAUAUUGAUAUUACUAAGCCUUUGAAAAGGGUUGUCAUGGUUACUGGGGAGGAAGGGGGUGCUGCUAUUAGAGUAGGAGUUCAGUAUGAGAGAUUACCAAACUUCUGUUACAUGUGUGGGAAAUUGGGGCAUGUUGAUCAUGAUUGUGAGGUGGGGGAGACAGAUUUUCCUGAACCCAAACCAUAUGGUGAUUGGCUACGAUCCUCCCCACCUCGGGGUCGUAGGCCAACACCAUCCUCAGACCCUUAG